AUGGCAGCCUUGUCAGCGGUGUGGAUUCCUGUGCUGUCCCUGCUGCAGCUGGCUCACUGCUCUGUCUUCUUCAGACAUGCUCCAGGAGAUCCAGUGCUGGUGGACCAGCAGUCAGCGAACUCCUUCCUGUCCCGCUCGCUGCUCUUCAACAGUUGGGACUUUGAGAUCGUGGUCACCGGCAGUCUGGAGAGGGAGUGCAUAGAAGAGAUCUGCAGCUAUGAGGAGGCCAGAGAGGUGUUUGAGGACGACACUCAGACGAAAUUAUUUUGGAGCAGCUAUGCCAACAGUCAAGAUGAUUCACUCGGAGUGGAUGUGUCAGGGCUGGUGGCAGGGAUCGUGGCUGUCCUAGUGCUUGCUGCUAUUGCCACUGUGCUGGGGAUCUACUGCUACAAAAACAAGAAUAAAGGUGGACCGAGGUCGGGCCACGCUCCGGUGAGGAUGGCAGCAGAUGGGCGUCCAGCCCCAGAGACGUUGCCUCUGGCCGGGAUCCUCAUCCCUCCAGCUCUACCCAGCUACAAUGAGGCCCUGCACCACAGUGGGCAACACGAUGCCCCCCCACCACCUUAUUCAGGGGGUGCGCCAUCAGAGCCUGCUGAUCCCGGAGUCAACGAAUGA